AUGCGCCUUCUACAGUGGGACAAUGGCGAAAUCAGCCUCACUGACCCUCUUUUAAACGACAAGCUGCCUAAGUAUGCGAUACUUUCACACACUUGGUUGCCAGACAACGAUCAAGAGGUCACCUUUCAAGACCUGAAAUCAGGUUCAGGAAAGUCUAAACCGGGGUUCCAGAAGAUUUGUUUCUGUGGAGAGCAGGCGACAAAGGAUGGUCUUCGAUACUUUUGGGUAGAUACUUGUUGUAUCAACAAGUUUGAUUCGAGUGAGGUCCAGAUGUCCAUCAACUCCAUGUUUCGAUGGUAUCAGAAGGCUGAGAAAUGUUAUGUAUUUCUCUCGGAUGUUUCCGUUGCGGAGGAUGCAACUGAAAAUAUUUCUCAUGUCGACUUUGUACCGGCUUUCCGGUCGUCUCGUUGGUGGACUCGAGGCUGGACACUACAAGAGCUCCUUGCCCCUCGUUCAGUAGAAUUUUUCUCUUACAACCAUAAGCGACUCGGUGAUAAGUUCUCUCUCGAUGGCCUUAUUAACGAUAUAACGAAGAUUCCAAUCAAAGCUCUUCGGGACUUUGGUAUCUCAAAGGUCGAUGUCGACCAAUGUAUUUCUUGGGUAUUGAAAAGAAAUACCAGAUACGAAGAAGAUCUGGCCUAUUCUCUGUGGGGAAUGUUCGGUGUAUCUUUGCCAGUUUUAUAUGGCGAAGGAAGAAAAAGGGCCUUUCGGCGGCUUCGACAGGGAGCCGAAAGCAAUGAACGAGAGACUGCCAUACAAGAGCUCACUGAUCGACUUGAGGUACGGCAUCGUUUGGUAUUAUGUGUAUCUAAGGGCCUUCAGUAAGUUCUACCUUUAUUUGAAGCUGGCAGUGCUGAUACUCGAUCAGAACGUCUCAAGUUGCAAGAGAAUACAACGAUAGAUGGAAGGGUCAUUAUCAGGAUGGCCACAUAUUCUGGAAAAACACGAAGAACUUUGGUGGUUUUGAACAAGCUUACAAAGAGAUUGCCGAAGAGUUGGCCAUACCAGUAUCUGAACAUCAUCGACCUAAUUAUCUGAUUCUAGUCCGGGACUGGCUAAACGAGCUUGCGAAUGGGCCAUGGCUCCUUAUUUUGGAUAACUUUGACAAUCCCAACCUGUUUUUCGAGCCGCAAGUAUCAUCAAACGUACCAAACCAGCUCCGAAUCAGCAAAUUUCUGCCUCAAGACGUCGACGCUUUUAUGAUUGCCUAAGGCCAUAGCGAAGACAACGGCCAGCCUCAAACAGGCCACCAAGAAGCAGCCAUUUUGAUCACCGCACUAGAUUCAAGCAGCGCGGUGAAAAUUUUGCGAUUAAAUAGAUCCAUAUUGAAAAAUGAACAGUUGGACGAAACCAAAUCUAAAUUACUCAAUAGCCUUCGAGACAGCAAUAUGAACACAAGUAGGAACCAAAUCGAGAAUAACCAUGCCGAGACAUUUUCUUGGAUCUUUGAUCCAGAGGGACAACGACCAUGGGAUAGUUUUCCCGAGUGGCUCAGUGGCGACAGCAGCGAAAUAUAUUGGAUACGAGGAAAAGCGGGAUCGGGCAAAAGUACUUUGAUGAAGUUUCUCGUGGAAGCGGACGAAACGAAAACAUACCUGAACCGGUCGGCUCCAGGUCACAUGGUGUAUUCCUACUUCAUUUGGAAUUCUGGAAGCACGAUGCAGAGAAGUCUGAAAGGUCUUCUCUCCUCUUUGCUAUAUCAAAUCUUCGACGAAGACAGUAAAAUCAUGGCGGAAGCUCUGAGAACAUGUCCGCACAUUUCCAAAGCCCAGAAUACUAAUGAUUGGUCGAUAGAGUCUUUGAGAAGUUUUCUCUCAAGUUCAUUGGCAUUUCACCAACAGCCUGUGUGUAUUUUUCUCGAUGGGUUGGACGAGAUCGCCUCAGAGCAAGAUUCAUCUGAACUCCAAGGUCCUUAUAAUCUCCUGCAUUUCAUAAAAUAUGUUUUAUCUUCUUCUAAAGGGAACACCAAGAUAUGUGUAUCAAGUCGCCCAGAACCCGCCUUUAUCUCUGAACUCCAAAAUUUCCCCAAGCUCCAGUUUCAAGAUCUGACAAAAGGAGACGUAGAAUCUUAUACUCGAGACUUUAUACGGAUCAAAUGCUCCUUUGAUUUCGAAGACGUCACCGAAGAAACAUUCGUUGAUGAAGUCGUUCGUAAGGCUGACGGGGUUUUCCUUUGGGUAUCGCUUGCUCUUCAAAGUCUGCAGAGGGGACUUUCUAGCGGGGAUCGCCCAGAAGAGUUGUUUAAUCGACUCCAGAAGCUCCCACGCAGGCUUGAGAAACUUUACGACAAUAUGUUCGAAAGGCUUAGCGAAGACCAGGAUAACUACAAACAUAUAGCAGCAAUGUAUUGCAACAUAUUUCUCGCCAUGAAAGAUUUGAUAGCUGGCAUUAUGGACCCUGGGGAGGGACCUUUCGAGUGGAAUCUACUUGGCUAUGCAAUUGCUUUCGAACCAGAAUUUUGGAAAACUCUCCUUGCAUCCACACCACAUCCGCAAGAAUUAAAACCGUUCCUGCUUGACUUCGAACGCAGAUUGACCUCGAGAUGUGCGGGGCGGCUUGAGGUUGUUUCGCAAUCAUGGCCCACAUUUGAACUAGAAAAGCUUCUAUCAGAGGAAAUCAUAACACCGUGGGAUAGAAUCAGUGUCGAGUUCAUCCACAGAAGCGCAAGGGAAUUUCUGCUUAAUUCUCGUGCAAGGAUGUUGGGCCUUGAUAAGACGCCGUCCUCAGAGAACCAAUUUCAAAUUCUACAAGCACAUAUUCUCACUGAAAAGUAUGAUAGCCACCGAUGAUAUCUUGACUUUGACCUGAUGAUGCACUGCAUUUCCUCGAAUAAAGUUUCACUACCACAAGAGAAAGAGCUUGAACUUGUUGAGCUUAACUGGGCGGUUUAUAGAAAGAACGGGUGGAAUUGGGGUUUUGACAACCUUGCCCGGUAUGGCUUCCCACAAGUUUACUCUCUAUAUGAAAAUGAAUGUGGACGCUCAAGUGCUGCUCUUCGGAAUUACCUACUGCUUUGUUGCAUGACGAAGUUUAUCUUGCGAACAAAUAGAACGGUAUCAGAACUUUUGAGAAAAGGUGCGGAUCCUAAAUGGCAUGGGCUUAUUAGCAUGAGAUCUGGGUCUCAAGUUCUACAUUUUCCUGUUCCUAUUCUCGGGUUGUCUUUUGGUACAUUCGACUACGACAGCAGUGAAAUAUCUGUAUUGAGUGAAGACCCCGAGCAAUUGGAACUCUUUCUACAUCUGUUCUUUGAAUCUGAUGCUGAACUCAAGCGGGAGUUUAUAUUCUGCGACGGAAUUGAGAGCGGCAUAGAAUACAUGGAAAGAACACGUCCGUUUUAUGAUAGACAUUUUAAUGGAGAUAAAAUGGGUUUUAUUAUAGAGAGUAACUGCGUGGAUGCUAUCCUAUCUGAAUUUGGGAAUGAGGUACCGGCACACUUUUUUAAACCUGGUUCAAACCUACAUUACACAAAAGCACAUCGCAAAAUCCUCAUCGUCAUGGAUUAUGAUGUUGCUUAUGAAGCGACAGAUGAAGAUUCUGACGCUAUCAACGAACUUCUAGGCUAGCCGAAAUCAUUACUUUCCUUGGGUUCGAGAGAAAAGUGGAAGAGGUACCCGGAUGAAAACCAAUGUGAGAUAAUACUUGAUAUGUUGAAAGGUAAAGAGGUGAACGAUGUCGCGCAAUGGCUUACUGAUAGGGGAUAUGUCGUUCUUCAAGAGAGUGACGUAGAAGGUAUCUCGAAUAGAACUCCAAUCCAUGAGAUGGCGGAAAUCUACCGGAAGAUCAAUGAGAAAGUUGGGGUUCAUUGUUCGGAUUAGCUUGUAUGAUUCGAGAGUCUCUGGUGGCAUCAUAUUUAUACCAAUCUGAUUCCAAUCAUCCAUUACCUUGAUGUGUUAUUGAACAUAUUACAGUCACAAAAGUUCAAGAAGUUUCGUUAUGUCGCUAAUCUCCUGCACUUUCUCACGAUGACCAACCACCCAGCCGCUUAUUUCAUUUGCUUUCUUGCAUCUCGAUAUACACAAGCCUGAGCCGGUUUCUUCUCGUACCUCGCCAUUUGAAGAUAUUUCCAUGUUCACACGCUUCACUUCUGGGACCAGCACCAGCUUCAAGAAGAAGGCUACGCACGGAGGAUAUCCGAGGCCGAUACUUUGUAAUGGUCACCCUACAAGCUCGCUCCGAAUUUAGCCUAUGUGAAAAAGGCAUACAUUAUGGUCAUAACCCGAUAAGAGUGGAGUGAGAAGUAGCCCUGAGAAAUCUUGUUUCCGUGGGGAGUCCAUAGGGGCACAGCUUCAUUUCAGACAAGACCUUUCAUUCCUACUCAGUCUCGGCAGCAAAGAAUGUGGUAACAAUACCCUGAAACAUAUGUUUGAUAUUCUGCGAUGCUUCUUGAGCAGUUUUGAAUCCUUGCUGAUCACGGAGUAUAUGCUUUGACACAAAUCUGGCGAGUACACUACUGUAAAUGCAAAAUAUUGCAUGCACCGAUCGAGUAAAGCAGCUUGACGAUUGAAAUUGUUACAUAUUGAGGCGCUGACUGUACUUGUACACGAUAGAACAACAAUAAUCGCCCCACUCUCAAAGGAUGGUAUUCGCAUGACGAAGGUGCAACAUGUCGCUCGCUUAGACCCGACCCUCUGCACGUAUCCCUAAAGCCCGGAAGAAAAGGCUUCUCUUGUCGUUGCAAUGUUGCUUGCAGGUGGGAAACCCUGCGUUGGUUAGGAAACUAUACAGAGCAUAGUGAUAAAAUUGUUUUGGGUUAACUUACCAGACUGUGGGAGAGCAAAUGGGAGAGCAGCAACGCCUGAGACCGCUGCGGCUGCGAUGAGGAGAAUUGAGAACAUCACGGGACGUCUGCAAACUGCUUAUUUAUAAUACAUAUGCACCUUCUAAGACUGAAGUUCACACUCCUACUUGGCUAAGAGGCUAUUGUUUAUUUAUUAUUUAUUACUAUUUAACGUCAGGCGGAUUCUAGCUCGCGUGGGCUAGGUCCUAGAAGAGUCCCAAAAUAGGGCAAAUGACGCUAGGGGGGUGCCCUAGGCUACAGGGGGUGUAAACGAAUGAGCUAAUUUACAAGAGACAAUUUAAAGAGAAGUUCCACUUUCAGAACAGCUUAUAUAAUUAAACGAGAAGGGAAAGAAAAGGAGGCGUGUCUAACUAGAGACAGAUUUUGAUGUAGAAUUCGGUCUUAAAGUAGACCAGGCUAAAAAGUUUCUCGCAGUGAUGUCCAAAGAGCAGCUGGGGGUUCUUCUUGGCCUUAGCUAAAAGCUUAGGGUCUUUGUUGUUUGCUAGCUUGCAGAAGAGUAGGUGGAACUGGGGGCUAAGAGGCUGUUAAACUCGCGAAGUGGUCGACAGGAGGCCACUGAAGUCGUAUAAUCAAAGAUAUGUGCGAGAGGGCGUACACUGUCAAUAUUCACUCCACUAAAUUACCCAGUUCCAAGGACACACCAUGCUGGGUUACCAGACUAUAAAGUAAAACCACCCUGCAGAACUUGGUUUGGCCAUCACACUGGUAAAGGACCGAAGUUAGUAUGAAACAAGCACUUUUGCAAAGUCUAAUAAAUUGCUCUACUCCAUCGGACCCUUUCUGAUAUUUCCAUGCCAAUCCAGUGAUACAACGCAACGGCAAUAGACUUGUGUGCCACCUGAGUGAUUCUCAAGACACAAUCACUGUCCAAUUGAUUUUCUUCACGAUAAUUGGUCGUAGUAGAUGAAGGAAAGAAGUUGAUACAACGCCAGUAUUGCCGGGGAAUUGUCAGCGUCAGGGGUUGAGGAGGUUGAUAAUCAUGAUAACAGCCAGCGCAAAAGUAUGAAAUAAUGGGCUUGACCGCCUCUAAAAGCCAUAAAAGGUGGCUUGCGGGGUCGCAAAUACAUACGGUAGGAGUUUCUUGGCUUACUCUGGUUGACUCAAACUUAUGAUACUGCUCUGCAGUAUAUACCGGACAAAUAAAUCCUCCUGAGUAACAGAAGUAUUAAAGUUGAGACCCCCUCGGCGAGUAUCUUUCAUUUACAGGUUCUUGCUCUUCUCGCCGUCUUCUUAUGUUUUGAAAUUGCCGUACUGGAUCACGUUAGUGUUCUCAAAAUCAGAAGCUAUGACUUUGACAGCGCCAGCAGAGACUCGGGCUAUGAAAAAUACGACUCUUACGAGACAUGAUUAAAAUUACACCAAGACAAGACACAGAAAAACCUUGAUACUCGGAUAGGUAGGUACCUUUUGUAAGUAAACGGUCUGGACAGCUCGGUUCUCCUCCACCUUUGUUACCUUUUGGUAUACGAGUACCUCCAUAUGAACCCGUCAAUCCUUAUAGCUUAGAGGGUUAUAUUGUGGGGUUAUACCCUGCCUACAAUGUUAUAUACUGUACAUGGAAGGAGGAGACGCGAGCUGUCUAGACCCUUUUUCCUUAAGGAUAUUACCAAGGUUAUUCUAAUGGCAAGACUCUUCAAAUAGGAUGUAAUAAGGUUGCAUAUUUAAGCAUCAGGAGUAUAUAAUGUAGUUAUCGAGUAUUAUACAUAUAUUCAUAACAUUAGUACAAGUACUGUUCAUAUAAUCUUAUAAUUAUUGUUGCUAAAAUGUCACUUUGUUUUAGAGGGAUGUAUAACUUCUAAGCAUAUAAGUAAGGUUAUUUUAUAUAAUUAAAAACUCUGGGAACCUAAAAUUCUUAAGUAUAUUCUUUGACCAUGGUUAUGCUCCUAAACCAUUAUAAAGGCGAUGGACAUAAGGGUAUGACCGCGGCAACCUUAAGGAGUGUAUCCCAGUAAAUUAUUAAGGUUUAAUUUGAAUGGAAGAUCCAGGUACUGUCAGAUCUCGAGUCGCAGGAGAGCUUUUUGCACUUGCGAAAGUUCGCAACUGGCAACCCUUUCCCCCUUGAUGUUACUAACACGGUAUUUCCUGGCGUAACAGACAAUAUUGAAUAGUUUCGACCCACAGUAUUUGUCCCUCGGUGUAUCAAGUUACGUAUGGUUAAGGACAUGUUGUAGCUCGAGAAGGGUUCGUAGUGAUUCGUCGGCAGACGUGGUUAAUGGCUCUAAUAAGCAAAUCUUGGUCUAUGAACCUUAUCAGCUUUGAGUUUGGCAGCGGAAAAGAUCCAGAAAAGCUACUCUGAGUGGAUCUGGCAGAGUUUGAGAUGUGCACCCAAGGAACAUCAGCUUAGAGAUAUAGACUCCAUUACUCAACAGCACUGGGUGGACGCUGGCAUAUGAGCAUGAGGCAAGGUGACGACAGGCUUGAAGCGUCGGUCGGUGUAUUCGUGGCCAAGAAAAUUAUCUACAAGCACACGUGUCAUAGGAGGCAAUAGUGGUUUGUGCCUUGGUAGGCGAGAGCGAAAAGGGGGGUUUGUUUGUUUUGAAUGGCUCACAAAAUUGGUGUCCUCUCGAUCGCUUCUCGUGACACCCUCCCUGGGGAAAUCGAUGCCCUCCACUUCCCCGCACCUCGGCGUUUCACCUCAUCGAGACAUCUCCACUUUCAUCAACGGACAACAAUUAUACCUUCGGAUUAUACUAGUAUGCGUCUUCUCCAUUGUCGCACACUUGAGCUCGAAGAUUUCUUUCAAAAUGCUACCCCCUCAUACGCCAUUUUGUCCCACACGUGGGAGAAAGAAGAAUUGGAUUGUCAUGAAAUCUUGAAUAUCAAUGGGUCUCACGAGCACGCUAAAAAGAAGACAGGCUUCCGCAAGAUAACAAAUUGUUGUAAGCAAGCUGCCGAAGACGGCUUUGAAUAUGUCUGGAUCGACACGUGUUGUAUCGAUAAAACCAGCAGCGCGGAACUCUCUGAAGCUAUCAAUUCGAUGUAUGUCUGGUAUUCUAAUGCGGCAAUCUGCUAUGCUUACCUCGUCGAUGUUCCAUUGCCUUCAGACCCACCGAGCUCGAGCUCGUUGGAGUCCUCUUCUGAUAAAGUGAAACGUUACUCAAAGUUUACCGCUUCAAGGUGGUGGACCCGAGGGUGGACACUGCAAGAACUGCUGGCUCCAACGAGUGUGCGAUUCUUUUCCCAGGACUGGAAGUUAAUUGGAACAAAAGAUUUUCUGAGCGAUUUGAUUGCCCGUGUUACCGGUAUUGAUGCAGCAACUCUCCAAGGAAGGCCUGUUGCGGAAGAGAGUAUUGCCAAGAGAAUGUCAUGGGCCUCGAAGCGAGUUACUACCAGAGUUGAAGAUAUCGCGUAUUGUCUUAUUGGUAUAUUUGGUGUUAAUCUACCCCUUCUUUAUGGUGAAGGGGAAAAAGCAUUUGUGCGACUUCAAGAGGAAAUCAUGAAAAGUUCCGAUGACCAGUCUCUAUUUGCUUGGCAGGUGAACGAAAAUACAGAAAACGUUGCCCGCCAAUCGAGUAUCAAACUGUUCAAGACAGAUGCCGAGAACAAUAAGGUCGAAGAUCUUCUCACUCAAAGACAGUUUGGGCCUCAGAAUCAACUAUCUUUACAAGAUUUGGGAGGCUUUCUUGCCAAAUCUCCAGCAGCAUUUCAAUAUGCUGGCAGUAUUGUACCGUAUCGAAAUUGGGAGAUCAGCACACCAUAUUCGAUGACUAACCAGGGAUUGCGUAUCCAGCUUGAGAUUCUAUAUCUAGAUGCGAAGGACUAUCUCGCAAUACUUCAAUGUCACUAUAAAGACAACUUUUUGGGUCCGCUGGGGAUAUAUAUAAAGCCAAUCGUCUCGGACAGUGGCGAUCAGUUCGCUCGGGACUUAUCUCAUCGGCAACCAGUAGUUGUGAUUCCCAACCAUGUAUCUACGGCCGUUCUCAGAACCGUAUAUAUCAGACAAGAAGUCCUGCUUCCAAGCUCCAGAGAUUACGAUAGAACCAAUCAUUUCCUCAUUCGAAGGCUUCCUGGGCCAGAAUAUCCUCUCGUUGUAGUUUAUCCGGAAGAGCAUUGGAACGACUCGCAGAAGAUCCUGAGACCGCCCGAUGGUCGAGGAGUGUUACUUUUUGCCAGCAUGCCGGGUUCACGAACACCAUUUGCGGUGAUCAUCCAAACUAACAUCAAGUCGAAUAAGUCGAGCCAGAGUUGCUACUGCUGCAAAGUAGUGGUCGACGACGAACGAAUAUCCAAUCAUGAUCCGGCUAGAUGGGGGUCCCUUCUGAAAGCGACUGGUGAAAGAUAUAUGGUUGAGGAGAUGUCCGGUUUAGAUGAGCAUACCGCACAUGCGGAGUUAUCUGAUCAAGACGCACGUUACAAGCAUAAGAUCACUGCAAAAAUCAGCAAGGAAACAUUCCUGGGCCAGGAAAUGUAUGUCGUAGAUGUCAGCAUUAACACUACGACACUGAAAUUCAGCUCUUUCUUUGCGACGGACUUUCUCUCUACGAAAGAAGGGAAAACGGCGAAGAACACGAAAUAUGAGCGGUUUCCUGUUAGGACCUAUGAACCACCGGAGAUUGCACUAUGA